UUGGUCCACAAAUGAGGUUCGAGCACCUGCUGGGACUCGAACUCUUCCCUGCAUUAAGGGGGGAGAUGAUCCCCACCAACUGAGCUACCACCUCAGUGGUUUACCUGAUCUAUUUUAAUUUUUUUUUCCUCUCACGGCUUCACAAAAAAUAUCUUUUUCUUUUGUCCUCCCUCUGUUGCUUUUUUGUACUGUUGGAAGUCUUGUCAGACGUUGGAUUUGCACCACCUUGUGGUUUCACAUGACUAUGGGAAUAGAUUGGCAAUCGAGACCGCAUGGAUCGGGACGAGGGAUUAUAGCGCACAGCUUGUGGUUCCAGAGGUAGUGGAGUUUGUGAAUAGGUUUGAAGGUGGGUUUGAGUAGAUAAAGGACCAGGAAUCAUGAAAAGGUUGUUGACAAGGGUGAGAUGUUGGCCAAAGCAUGGGGAACGAGUCUUGGGUCGCCGCCAGAGAUGUGUUUGAGUGUGGUAAUGCUGGGGUUGCCGGUUGGUUUGGGGAGUUCAAGUGAUUCGGAUGGUUUGAAGUUGAGGACCCAUCUGAGGGAUGGUUCGGGUGUUGAAGUACCAAUAUACUAUCGGGCACCAAAAGAUGGGGAGAUUAAUGCACUAACAGGGUAUGCCCGGAUAUCUCAUCAAGUUUAUAACGUAGUUGAUGAAUAUUACAGGUUCAGGGAUGCAGUUAACAAGCUCGUUAACGAUGGGGUUACUUACUUGUGCCGUUCUCUAAUGUCGAAAAGCUGACUUACAACGUUUCUGUGGCAAUCACCGUCUUGUAUAGCGCUUGCAACAGAUAAAUGUUCUCGUCUAUGCUAGCUGUAAUUUGCAAAAGUUUUGUUGCCUUUGUAAGUUUCAUCAUCAGCUUGAAAUUUAUUUGUGAAUUCAAGUAUUUUCUAUUCA